GGCGUUGCUUGAACUGCAAACAGUUAGAAGGCACUGAUCCAAAAGAGAAGAACUGGUGCACCGGGUUUUAAAGGAGACCCUAGAUGCAUCGGAAGCUGCAGAAAUCUGGUGGGAUGGAGAGGACAACGAGCUCUGGUCAGCUCUGGAUAUCAUUGUAUAGGAAGGACAAGGAAGAGAGUAUUGCUCUCAUAUCCAAGAGAGCCCAGAUUCCAGCAGACUUGUAUUCUACAAGCUGCUCUUGUAAGGUCACAACUGCAACUUCAUUCGAAAACCAGGGAAGGAGAGGAAGUGGUGGAUGGCUGAGAGUGGAUGGGAGGACAAGAGGCAAAACCAUGGCAUCUAAGACCUGAUGGACCUUCCAUCCUUCUCCCCAUCCUCCAAAAGGACUUUCCAUUCAAGCAGAGAAGAAAGCAACACCCAAGGAGAAUCUGAGCCUUCAGCAGGGUGGACGGCCUCUCUGUUCCUGGCCUGUGCUGUUUUCUUGUGUCCAGUCAUAAUUCUGUUCCAUCCUGUUCCUGCCUUCCUCUGUGAGUUUCUUUGCACAUAAAAAGCACCCCCAACAGUGCAUUAAAAUACUUCAAGAUGGACUUUCCUUUGGAAUGUGCAUUUUGUGGCUUCCUCAAAGUAUAAAUAUGAAGAGUAUAUCUGAUAUGCCUGCGAUCCAAGGAAUCUCCUAGAACUUUUGCAAAGCAUUCAAACUCACAAAUAAGUAACUUGUUUGAAAGGUCGUUCACAGCAGGUUGGACCAGAACCUGGAAAGGCUGAGUUGCCUGGGAAUCCGGAGAGGAUGGGCAAUCUGACUGCGCCAUCUCAAUCUUCUAUAGAAGAUACUAUAGAAGAAUUUUCGAUUAUAUAUAAUCUCACUGACUUCUCAAUGGUAGAUUUUGACCAGGAAUGGUUCAUCAUUUCCAUUAUCCUCCUUAUUCUGUGUCUUUUUGGACUUGUGGGGAACGGAACAGUCAUUUGGCUCCUUGGUUUCCAUAUCGAGCGGAAUGCUUUCACCACCUAUAUCCUGAACCUGGCUGUGGCUGACUUUGGGGUCCUCAUUACCCUAUUAGUAGAAUCAAUUAUUACAAUUGAAAUGGGUAAUUGGGAGGAAAUAAAUACGGCUGUUUUAUUGGCUUUUUUCUCUACCUGGGGAUUCCUGUACACCUCUGGUCAGCUUCUACUGACCACAAUCGGUAUUGACCGGUGUGUGGCAGUCCUCUUUCCAAUUUGGCAUCGAUGUCACCGGCCACCCAAAUUGUCCCUCUUCAUUUCUGUCCACGUAUGGGUCUUCUCCCUCAUGAUGACCGGAAGUAAUCUGCUGCUUUUGCUUACUGGACAUGGCCCAGUGGUCCCAGUCGCUAUGAACGUCCUGCUUUGCUAUCCACUCAUGGCUAUCGCUACUCUCAUCCUCUUUGUGAAGGUCCGCCAUAAGCCACGUAAUCGUGGCAGAUCAAAAAGUUUGACGGUAAUUUUGCUUUCCCUCUUAUUUUUCCUCAUCUUCGGGAUUCCUGUUAAUCUCACCACUGUUCUCACCUAUUAUUACUUUUUAUAUGAUAUUGAUCCUAGGAAUUUUUUCUCUGAUGACCCAGUAUUUGAUCAUGCACAAAAGAUUACCAUAUUCAAGUACUUUAAAAUCAUAAUGGUUUUUCAGAGCCUUAGCGAUCUCUGCAUAGCUGUAAACAGCAGUAUCAACCCCGUGCAUUAUUUCCUUGCUGGGAGACAAAAGACCAUUCUACGGGGGGUGUCUAAGUUGAAAGUUUCACUCCAGAAUUUUUUCCAGAAUAUGGAAGAUUGGAGGGAGGAUGAGGAAGCCCCAGAUGAAACUCAGUUGUCAUCCUUUUAAUGCUUAGGUUGGAUACUUUUCUGAGGAAGCCACAUUCUUCAAACAUUGUUCCUGCAAUGGGCUUGCCAAAUGCUCUUUUGUAAUUCCUGGCUGCUUUUCUGCCAUUGUUUUUCAAUGUUUUGUUCACUUGUAACUUAUAUAUUUAGGUAUUCCUGCAUGUCUCCCUCCCUUGCCCAGUUCUGUGAAGAUAAGAUUUUUAAAAAUGUGUUUGGGGUGGUGGAGACUUUAGGCCAAUGACAGUAAGGAGCAGAAGACCCUACUCAGCCCCAUAACAACCUGUUAAUGCUGACCUCUGCCCAGAAAGGCUAGAUGUGUUUCACUCAGGAGAGCAACAUCACCUGGGAGUGACAGGUACUUCCCAUCGCAUGCUGCCCUGGCUGCAGAGUAUUCGUUGAUGGGUGGGUUGCUUGCCAUUGGCCCUCCUUUGGCUCGGGAGCAGGAGCCAACCCGCUUCUAGGCCUCCCUCCCCAUACAGAGGGAGGACUCAGGCCUCUGAGGCUGCCAUGCCCUCAGAAGAGCUAACAAGGUUGGAUUCUCCCAGUGGCCUGGUUAAUUCUUCUGAAGUUGGGAUCGGUCCAGUUUCAGAAGGAAGCUCUGUGCAAUUCACUUCUCUAGCUGCCCUUUCGCUCUUGUAUUAAAUGCAGGUCUGUGUGCAGGAAUCAUUCUUUUCGGGCCUCCAAAGAGCCAAUUCUGGUGUAGCUUAAGCAAUAUGGCUUAGCAUCUCCGGGAGGCGAAGAAAUGGGUCCACCAGGCUCCUUCAGCUCACCUGCUACUCAGCACACCCUGCAAGCAUUGGGAUCCUGCUCUCUGCUUACCCAGCUCAUUACUUCCCAGUUUCCCAUGAUCUGAGGUCAGAAGCUUUCCAAUGCCAAGCGACAUUCCCUCAGGCCUAAGCCCGGUCUUUCCUCCAUGCAAAUUCUCAUUGUCUUUUUGCUUCGCAUUCCCCCAGCCCAACACUGGCUGAUUCUUUCCUGCCAUGGGAUGGAUUGUGGGUUGGCUUUCAUUGCUAGGACUACUUGGCAGGAAUGCACUGGGCAGGGAUGUUCGCACCAGGAGUUGUGCGUACUUUUUCAUGCAGAAAGACUUUCUGGCAAGCCACAAGGGAACUCCUGAAACAGCUCCAUUCUUGAUGCCAUCCUCUGGGCUUUACCAUCCCUCAGACCGAGAUCCUCAGGUCUCUUCUGCCUUCUAAGCAGGAUUUCUUCAGAGAAGUUAUAUUAUUUUUGCAUGUUGAAUUAUUCUCACGUUAUGCAUUUCAGUGUGUGUUUGUGCAUGAGAGAGAGAGAUAUGGAAGAGUGCUUUAUGGGUGGGA